UGGAGUUUUGCUGAAAUUGCUGCGGAAACUACUGGGUGCAUUGACAGCCUACUUAUCUUUCGGUUGAACACCUCCCCUGUUCUGCUCAGUUGUGACUUUUCUCCUUCCUUGAAGAGUUUCUAUUUCCCAGUUACCGGACACCAUGGCUUGGAAUGGAUGUAGAAAUUGUUCAUAGCUGAUGGGUCAAGAAGAGGAUUCUUGUUCACCAUGUUGACUCCUGUGCUUGAGGAGUGAGUUCUUCUCCACUGUGGAUCUUCAUAGAAGCUGUUGAGCCAUGCCCUGCCAGCAUCGCCCACGGGCAACUAGUGACACACCCCGAGAAGACCUCUUCUAUCAAACCUAUUAUUGCUUGAGCCAACAGUACCCUCUGAUUCUUCUUCUCUUGGUUAUCGUGCUGAGCAUCUGUGUGGCUCUCAUUGCUACUACCUUUACCAGUGGUAGGGAUUUCUCCUCCAGCUUGGCUUUCCUGAUUACGUUAUUCAUUGCUCUGCUUCUCUUCAGCCUCAUCUUGGUCUUUGUGUGCAUGGAAAACAUCUUCCAGAAAUGCACCCGCCUCUUCUCAGCUGUCAUUUGGACUUGUCUGAUCACAAUUGGUUAUGUAUUCAUCUUUGUUGAUGGAGUGGUUUGCGCUUGGGACCAGGUCUCCUUCUUCCUCUUCAUAAUCUUCAUUGUCUACACCAUGUUGCCUGUUGGCAUGAAAGACGCAGUAGUUGCUGGUAUCGUAGCUUCUCUCUCGCACAUCAUAGUUCUGAGUAUCUACCUCUCAAUGGGCAACAGUUCACAUUCACAACUGGCUGUGCAGCAAUUGGCCAAUCUGGUCAUCUUUGUCUGUGGCAACUUGGUGGGUGCCUAUCACAAGCAUUUGAUGGAGGUGGCUCUGGGUGAGACAUUCCAUGAGACCUUCAACCUCAUCCAAUCUCGAGUUAAGCUGGAGUCAGAGAAGCGACACCAGGAACAUUUGCUCCUCUCCAUCCUUCCUGCUUACAUUGCCUUGGAGAUGAAGACUGAGAUCAUUGAGCGGCUCCGGGAUGGAGGCCAGCCCCAACGCCAGCAUGAAAGUGCCAACAAUUUCCACAACCUUUAUGUCAAGAGGCACCAGAAUGUCAGCAUCCUCUAUGCAGAUAUUGUUGGCUUCACACUUUUGGCUAGUGAAUGUUCUCCCAAAGAGCUGGUAUUGAUGCUCAAUGAACUCUUUGGCAAGUUUGAUCAGAUUGCCAAGGAUAAUGACUGCAUGAGGAUCAAGAUCUUAGGAGAUUGCUACUAUUGUGUGUCUGGAUUGCCUGUAUCUUUGCCAAACCAUGCCCAGAACUGCGUCAAGAUGGGACUUGAUAUGUGUCGGUCCAUCAAGAAGCUGCGUGAUGCCACCGGAGUGGACAUCAAUAUGAGAGUUGGAGUCCAUUCGGGAAAUGUCUUGUGUGGGGUGAUUGGUCUCCAAAAGUGGCAAUAUGAUGUCUGGUCUGAUGAUGUGACAUUAGCCAAUCACAUGGAGGCAGGAGGCGUGCCAGGGAGAGUUCACAUCACAGAAGCUACCUUGUCACACCUGGAUGGAAUGUACACUGUGGAGGAAGUUUGCUGUGUACGAGACUCUUAUUUGAGGGAGAACCGCAUCAAGACCUUCUUAGUUGUUGAUCCCAGAGCUGAAGAAGAAGGUUCUCGUGACAUUCUCUCACCAGCACCAGGUGAAAGCUUCAUGAUGAGGGCCUCUGUACGGAUGACUCGCUAUCUAGAAUCAUGGGGAGCUGCCAAACCCUUUGCCAACUUCAAACCUCUGGACAAUCUCCCAGCAGAACCAUCAGGAUUUGUUCGGAAUAACCAUUCGGAUAUCUCUUUGGGAUCUUUGACCGUGGAACGGUGCCGUGCCCCCAGGAGUCCAGAUGAAGACUUGGAAGGUGUGGAUGAGAAGUUCUUCCAACUGAUUGAACAGCUGAAUUCCCAGAAGCAAUGGAAGAAAUCUGAAGAUUUCAACUGCAUCACAUUGUACUUCAAGCAGGAAUCUUUGGAGAAGGAGUACCGCCUCUCACCACUGCCAUCUUUUAAUUACUAUACGGCCUGCAGCUUCCUUGUCUUCGUUUCCAACUUUCUCAUCCAGAUCCUUGUCGUUUAUAAAACAAAAGCACUGGGGAUCUCCUAUGGAAUUUCUUUCUUCCUGUUUCUUCUCCUCCUUCUCACCUGCUUUGCUGGUCACCUGGCGAAAUGUUUCCUGAAAGGUCCCAAGAUCUUGUAUUGGAUUCCAUCCAUCUUGGCCAAUGUUUGCAUUCAACCAUGGCUACGUGUCUCCUUGGGCAUCAUCACCAUUCUUGUGGUUCUCACAAUGUCAGUGUUGAACUUGUUCUUUAUGCCAGAAACCUCAUGCUUUGUGAAACUUGAAAAUUCUACCUUAUCAAGCAUGAAUAUUGUACAGGAAUUCUCUCGGUUUAACUCCCUCUUCAGUGUGCCGUAUUAUAUCUACUGCUGUGUCCUAGGAUUCCUCUCAUGUUCUCUCUUCCUCCACAUGAACUUCGAGCUCAAGCUGACCAUGCUGAUACUUUGCCUUGUUGUCUACAAUGUGCUGUUCCUUCAUACCCAUUCCUGGCUCUCUGACUUCUAUGUCACUCAGCUCUACCGUAACCAAACUGCACUCAGACCUGGGGUACUAAAGGAGCCGAAGGUGAUGGGAGCAUUCUCAUUCUUUGUUUUCUUCUUCACCCUAUUGGGUCUGGCUAGACAGAAUGAGUAUUACUGCCGCUUAGAUUUUCUCUGGAAAAAGAAGUUCAAGAAAGAACGCGAAGAGAUUGAAACCAUGGAGAAUCUCAACCGAGUCCUGCUGGAAAAUGUUCUCCCAGCUGAUGUAGCUCAGCAGUUCAUUCGCCAGAACCGGUGCAAUACGGAUCUCUAUCAUCAAUCUUAUGAUUGUGUCUGUGUUCUCUUCGCUUCGAUCCCGGACUUCAAAGAAUUUUAUUCUGAAUCCAAUGUCAACCAUGAAGGACUUGAAUGCCUCCGACUGCUCAAUGAGAUCAUUGCUGACUUUGAUGAGCUCCUUCUGAAACCCAAGUUCAGUGGAGUUGAGAAGAUCAAAACCAUUGGCAGCACUUACAUGGCAGCUACUGGCUUGAAUGUGGCAGCUGGUCAGGAUAACCAACAGGACACUGAGAGGACCUACACCCACCUGGGAACCAUGGUGGAGUUUGCCAUGGCUUUGGUAGCCAAGUUGGACAUUAUCAACAAACAUUCAUUCAACACUUUCAAACUCCGUGUGGGUAUAAAUCAUGGACCAGUUGUGGCCGGGGUCAUUGGAGCACAGAAACCCCAAUAUGAUAUUUGGGGAAACACUGUUAAUGUAGCCAGUCGAAUGGAGAGCACAGGAGUUCUGGGAAAAAUACAGGUCACAGAAGAGACAGCUAAAGCUUUGGAAACAUUGGGCUACACUUGCUCCCUUCGUGGAGUUAUCAAGGUCAAGGGCAAAGGUGAACUAAGAACUUACUUUGUCUGCACGGAAACAGCCCGUUCUUCCUCCCAAGCACCAAUGCUGAGCUAAAUCUCAAGGGGUGAAAUUGAGACUCUUGAGGGUUGGAAUUCUUGGUGAAUUCCUCCUGGUACUUGGGGGCAGAGGUGGCUUAUUUUAACAGACCUUUCUGGUUCUGUUGGAAGAGGCACUUUCCAUGAAAAUUGGGAGAGACAGAUCCUAAGGAAGUCCCAUUUUGUCUUGUAUGAGGAAACCUCUAGCUCCAUCACCACAGCAAAGCCAUGUUUAACUGUAAUUCAAGUCAGCAGAAGUGACCCACUAAGAGCAUUUGUGAUCCUCUUGAAAAGACAAGUUGGAACUUUCUCCUGAUCUGAAGAAAGCUGGAAUUCUCCAAUCAACUUGAAGGCAACGGAUCCUCCUUUGAGGACCUUCAGUGUUCUACAUGUUUGCUAAUAUGUGGUGCUUGAUGAUGAUUUGUUCACAAUGUUCUUUCAAUCUGGUCUGUACUGCUAUUACCAAUCCACAACCACCAUGUUCAGAAGUCCUUUAAACUCAACCCACUCUCAAACAAAAUUGAGGAUCAGCUUCACAGACCCUCUGAAGAUUGAGUGCAUGGCAUUGGUGACAUUAUGGGAUAUUGCAACAGGCAGGUCACAUUUAGAGUUAAGGAUAAUUUGAGAAUGAGGGCAGUAGAGAAAUUAUUAUUCUCCUGGUAUUACUGGGGUAUUUUCUAGUUGCAUAGAGCUGGUUGGAUAUUGACUCAGAUAUAUCAGAUGGAAGUAGAUUGGCAUUUUUUUUUUAGGUCAACUUCCUGCUUGGUGCCCCAGCAACACUUCCUUCUUUUGUGGUUUGUGUGUUUUGCAAUGCUGGCAUAUGUUUGCCUGGCUAAGCAAUUCAUGUGGUUAAAGGAGCUUAACAACUAAGGGGAUCUCCUUGCUCCCUCCCCCCGCUCUUUCUUUCUUU